AUGGGAAGCCUCGAGAAUGCCGACAGUAAUCGGCCUCUGAAUGUGCUAAUUGUUGGUUGUGGAUUGGGUAAAGAGCUUUGCGGAGGUUGCCGAGGGCUAUCGUGCGCCAUCGCCUGUUUGAAGGAGGACUUGCAGGUGCAGAUUGUCGAGAAAGCCCAGGAGCUGGGAGAAGUUGGCGCCGGUAUUCAAGUACCCCCAAAUGCCGUUCGAGUCUUGGACUAUUACGGCCUGAUUCCAAAGAUCGUCGAUGCCGGCGCAAUCAAGAUUGAAGAGCACAGCCUUCUCCGAUACAACGAUGGACGACCGAUCGCGACCCGGCCGGGGGACGAAUGGCUGAGAAAACACUUCGGUCAUAGUUGGUAUGUGAUCCAUCGCGCGGAUUACCAUAAAGUGCUUCUGGAUGAGGCCAGGAGACUGGGGGCCGUCAUCAAAUUGGACUCAGAGGUUAGAGAUGUGGACUUCGACCAGCCUUCUGUGAUUCUUGCCUCUCAGGAAAGGAUCCAUGCCGACGUUAUCAUCGGAGCAGACGGCCUAAGAUCUGUCGUUCGCAGCAAGGUCCUGGGUUAUGAGAGCCCUCCUGUUGAGACCGGUGAUCUGGCAUACCGCGCAACCAUUCCGAGAAGCCGCGUGGAAGACCUCGAUCCAUCCCUGCAGGACUCGGCCCUUCGCGCCUGGCUUGGUCCCCGCCAGCAUGCUGUUCUGUAUCCGGUUCGGAACAAGACAGUUUUCAAUCUUGUCCUCCUGAUGGGAUCCAAGGCACGCCGCGCCCAGCCAGACCAACUGCAGGAGCCAGCUAAUGCCAUCGUUUCCUCCAGACUGACCGCCCUGAUAGCGCAAGUCGACAACGUCCUGAAAUGGAAAAUAUGCCAUAUGGAUGAACUGGACACUUGGUGCAAGGGGCCUGUCGCCCUUUUGGGAGAUGCCUGCCAUCCGAGCCUUCCUUACCAAGCUCAGGGAGCUGCGAUGGCAGUUGAAGAUGGCGCUGCAUUGGGUGUUCUGCUUGGCAGAUUAUCCAAGAGUCCCUUCGUAAAGCCCGCCGAUCGCUCGUCCAAAAUCCCCGGAGUUUUGAAACUGUACGAGUCGCUGCGCAAGAAGAGGACAACAGUCAAUGUCCAAGGCGCAAUCCAAAACCAAGAGAUGUACCAUAUGGCGGAUGGCCCCGAGUGCGAUGCUCGCAACGAGGCAUUCGCCAAGGUCGACUGGAAUGACCCUCAGAGCAAGUUCAAGUGGGGGUGGGGGAAUCUGGGAUACCUCAAGGAGCUCAUGGGGUUUGAUACGAUUGCUGAUGCUGCACAGCAGUUUGACGAAUGGGUUGUCCAAGAUGAGCAAUCACGAGCUGCGUCAGCCAAGAUCUGA